AUGACAGAAGCUGCUAGUACAGUAAAGAGCCUUUUCGGAAAUCACCCUGAAGAUGAGAAGAAAGAAAAAGAGAAAGCUACUACUAAAACACCAAAGAAGCAAGUAUCGAGAAAACGUAAACGCGAGUCGACGAUUGAAGAUGUCAAGGCAAAUGGCGAGAGCUCAUCAAUUGUAGAUGGCAUAGCUGACACGAAUGAAAUCCAAGGUGAUAGAGUAAAUGAAGCAGAUUCUUCGAAAUUAGGUAAGCCUCAAUUCAAGAGAACGAAGACUGAAACUCCGGUUCCGCCCCCUCAUCCCAUUAUCACAAAUGCCACUCCCCGCGCAACUCCUGUACCUACUUUGGAAUCUGCCGUCUCCGUGGCAUCUUCCAUUGCUCUCUCAGCAGCCAAUACAGAUACACCAACUGGUUCUACUCCAAUUGUUCCAGUAUCCGCUACAUCACCACCAAAAUCUUCAACGCCAAUUCUUCCUCCAGGUGUGGAAAAGAAGGAAGCUAAGAAGGAGGCGAGAAAAGCAGCAGCUGUUGCUAAGAAGGAAGCCAAAGAAGCAGCCAAAGCAAUUGCGGAUGCAGAGAAGGCAGAAAGGAAUGAGGAGAAGAAAUCGGAAAAGCCAGAGAAAACAACUAACACACGUACCACUCGAAAAGCAACUCCUGUUGCUUCAUCAAUGGAACCCACUACAUCAGCAACAGAAGCACUUCCAUCUAAGAGACCAACUUCUUCUCGUGGUAAAGCAGCUGCAGCUGCAGCAAUUGCUGUUAAGUCAGAGGAUCCCAUUUCCGCAGCUCCUACUCCGGCAGCCUUAGAUCGCCCGAGACGCACCAGCACCGCUCGUAAUACACCCGCACCAGAAACUCGUCAACCAAGUAAAAGAGCUAAGAGACCUGCACCAGGGGUCGUAACUGUUAGUACAGAAGGUGGUUCAACUGCUGUAAGUGUUGGCAAGAGACGAGCCGCUCCACGUAAAAAGGCAGGGCAAAAAAAAGAAAAGAAAGAUGGAAGAGAAGGUAGUGCGGUUCAAGAAGUAUUGGAUGAAGUGGAUGAUGAUGGAAAUUUGAUUGAUCCAAAUGAGCCGAGAUAUUGCAUUUGUAAUCGGGUUAGCUUUGGCACGAUGAUUGCUUGUGAGAAUGAUAAUUGCGAAAAGGAAUGGUUUCAUUUGGAGUGUGUGGGUUUACCGGCAAUUCCUCCUAGAACUACUAAAUGGUAUUGUCCGGAUUUUUAUACUAUGGUUGGCUGGCUUGUCUCUGAUAGAUUUAUUGAUGGUCUUGAUAUUAAUACGGAUUUGGGAUUUGGGGAUGAUUGUAUGAAUAUAUGGGUGUAUGGAUGUAUGAGUGUGUGGAUGUAUGGAUGUAUGAGUGUGUGGGUGUAUGGAUGUGUGGGUGUAUAUGAAUACAUUGGGGAUGUAGGAUGGGAUGCAGGAUGA